UUUUGCUGUAAUGGGUGUAAAAACUAUCUGAAGUUGAGUCUGUUUCUCAUGGACCCAAAUGGAUUUUUGAGUUGAUUCAGUAAAGUCGAGAAUGUCAAAUGUUUCGGUGGUCAGGUUAUCUCGAGUGAGACAUUGAUGCAGUCCCGAGAGGAUACUGCAAACAAGGUGUUGCAAGAUACCGGUGCUGUUCUUAUUCCUUCCUUUAAUGAUGGGCACUUUAUAAGCUUUGCGAUUGUUAACUUCCAUAGUAAUUAUUGAUGGAACCGAAUCACACAAAAUCUAGUGACAGUUAUGCUGCUGAUAUCUCUUCCAUCAGGGAAGCUCAAGUACGCAUCAAGCCCUUUGCGCAACAAACUCCUGUGCUCACCUCAGACACUUUAGAUUCUAUUGCUAGAAGAAAGUUGUACUUCAAAUGUGAAUGCUUUCAGAAGGGGGGAGCUUUUAAAUUCCGAGGGGCAUGCAAUGCUAUUUUUUCACUUGAUGAUAAUCAGGCCACUAAAGGAGUUGUAACUCAUAGCAGUGGAAAUCAUGCUGCAGCUCUUUCUUUGGCUGCAAAACUACGGGGUAUCCCUGCAUAUAUAGUUAUACCAAAAGAUGCUCCAAAAUGCAAAGUCGCAAAUGUCAAACGUUACGGUGGUCAUGUUAUCUUCAGUGAGCCAUCAAUGCAGUCCCGGGAAGAUACUGCAAACAAGGUGUUGCAAGAUACCGGUGCUGUUCUUAUUCCUUCCUCUAAUGAUUGGCGCAUUAUAAGUGGGCAGGGUACAAUAUCUCUGGAGUUUCUGGAACAGGCUUCGGAAAUUGACACUUUAAUAGUCCCAAUCAGCGGAGGUGGUAUGAUAUCGGGAGUUGCAUUGGCUGCCAAGGCCAUCAACCCUGCCAUUCGCAUUUUGGCUGCCGAACCAAUGGGAGCAAAUGAUGCUUUCCAAUCAAAGAGUAAUGGUAGGAUUACUAAGUUAUCUGAAGUCAACACUAUUGCUGAUGGCCUUCGAGCUUUUCUUGGAGAUCUCACGUGGCCUAUUGUCCGCGAUCUCGUGGAUGACAUCAUAGUUGUUGAUGAUAAGGAGAUAAUACAAGCUAUGAAACUUUGCUAUGAAGUUCUGAAGAUUGCAGUGAAACCAAGUGGAGCUAUAGGCCUUGCAGCUGUUCUUUCUGAUGGUUUCCAAAAAAAUCCAGUCUAUAGUGAAUGCAAUCAUAUUGGAAUUGUUCUCUCCGGAGGAAAUGUUGAUCUUGGUGUGCUAUGGAAUUCCUUUGAUAAAUGA